UUCUUUGUCCUAAAGGUCGGACAUGCAUCAUAUUUAGCUCACAGUGUCCUGAUUUGGUAGUAAAGAUGCUUUUCUCAUCGGCCUGCUGUCUCAUUCCUCUACUCUUCUUCUCCUUUACUGAUGCUGGACGUACUCUGAUGAAGAUCAAGGAGCGUGUGCGUAAUCUCCAGCUACAGAAAGCCAAGCAGCAUCUCCUGACACACACGGUCAGUGGUCGUCAGCCUCUCAAACACGUGAAGGAGGGCAGGAUUCACCAACAACUGGACCACUUUAACCGACAAGACUUAAGCACCUUCCCUCAGAGGUUCUUUGUGAACGAUGCGUACUGGCAGCGUCUUGAUGGUCCAGUGUUCCUCUUCAUUGGAGGAGAAGGGCCCAUUUUUGAGUUUGAUGUUCUGGCAGGUCACCAUGUUGACAUGGCUGAAGAGAACGGGGCUCUGCUACUGGCUCUGGAGCAUCGUUUCUAUGGUGACAGCAUCAACGCUGAUGGUCUCAAAACAGAGAACCUGGCAGACCUGAGCAGCCAGCAGGCGCUUGCUGACUUGGCUGUAUUCCACCAGUACAUCAGCCAGAGCUUUAAUCUGAGCCACAGAAACACCUGGAUCAGCUUCGGAGGGUCAUACUCCGGCGCUCUGUCCGCCUGGUUCAGAGGAAAGUUUCCCCACCUGGUGUACGGAGCUGUGGCCUCAUCUGCUCCUGUCAAGGCCACGUUGGACUUCUCUGCCUACAGCAAUAGCGUUGGCUUGAGUCUCAUGAACGAAGCAGUUGGUGGCUCAGAAAAGUGUCUGACUGGUGUGCGAGAUGCCUUCGCCGCUGUGGAAGCGCUGAUGAGCAGGAAUGUCAGCCAGGUGGCCGUGGAUUUUGGCUGUUGUCAGAUACCCAAGGAUCUUGAUGACCAGAUUGAGUUGAUGCAAAACCUUGCCGACAUCAUCAUGGGAACAGUGCAGUACAAUGAAGAAGGGGUGCUCAUGUCUAUUAAUGACAUCUGUGGUGUGAUGACCAAUAAGAGCGAGGCAUAUGAGGGGGAGAUGGAGGCUUACAACCGCCUUGUUAAGCUUGCACAGAUCUACCAUUCCACCGGUGAGGAACCGUGUCUGGACAUCUCCCAUGAGAGAACAGUGAAGGAGCUGAUGAACACGUCUGUCCACUCUGGCCGUAGAGCAGAGAGACAGUGGACUUACCAGACCUGCACUGAGUUUGGCUUCUAUCAGACCUGUGAGGACACCACUUGUCCGUUCUCGGGGAUGGUGACCCUGCGGAGCCAGGCUGAACUCUGCUCCAUACUGUUUGGCAUUUCCCAGCAUUCCCUGCCUGGUCGCAUUGCCUUCACAAACGCCUACUAUGGAGGAGACAACCCACACACACACAGGGUCCUUUAUGUCAAUGGUGGAGUUGACCCAUGGAGGGAGCUGUCAGUGGUCCAGGAGUGGACUGAGGAAGGUGAAGAAGCCCAGACCAUUUUCAUUAAGGACGCAGCUCACUGUGCUGAUAUGCUGAGCGGCAGAGUGACAGACUGCCGCUUGCUCAAGAAAGCCAGAGAGGAGAUUAAAAAACAUGUGGUGAGUUGGCUGAAGAUGGCGGCCCGAGAGAAGAUGGAGAAGAGGAAGGUGUGAUCAGAUAAUGUUAAUAACCUGAUCAGCUCUCAUCAUUUGUUCUUUUAAACAAAUAAGAUGCAGUUAAUAAGCUGGUGUGCCACUCUCUCUCUCUUAUUAUCCUCUUUUUCCUCUCUGAGUUGUCCUUGCUCUCCAUCUCCUCACUGUGCAUCCAAAAUUAUCUCAACCCUGUGCUGGAUCUGUCUGUGUGGUUCGGUUAUAUUUCUUAAAGGAUUUUUAAUAUCCCUUUACAAACAUUUUUCCUGUUUUUAAAGUUACUUUUAAUUUGGGAAUGCAGAAAGAGCUUUUUUGUGCAAAUUUUACCUUGCUUUUAUCUUAGCCGUUAUAUUAAUUGUAAAUUAUAAAGUUUACACCAAUUGAAUUUAUGUGUGUUUGUGUAUACGCUGUUUGUUUUUUUUUUUUUGUAAAAUAGUCAUCAUUUGUCAUGACCCUAUAGUAUCACUAGGGUGCGUUAUUGCUAUAUGUGUGUCAAAUCCAUUGCUAGAUCCUCACUCUGUAAAACACAGAGAAUCAAAAUGCUAGUAUUCAUCUGUUUUUCUUAAAAAAAAA